GCAAGCACAAUUUCUAACGCUAGGCAAUCACAUCACACGUGUUAGUUCAUGUACGCGUAACGUUUGCUUGGUUAGUUAAGGCAUGUUCAUCUGUUCAUGAUGCAUGUAAACGCACGGUAGUCGUGAUAGUGACUUCUACAGCCGUGGGCCUCACAAUUCUGGGAGUACGUACAGACUUACCGGUAGUCUGACAUAGGUCUGAGGAAUAGAAAACUCGGGCAAGGCACGGGCCUGCUACAUCAUCUCUCUCUGAGUCUGAUCUCAUCAAGCAAGCAAAGAUGAUAUUACUACACACAACUCAGAGACAGUCUCAGUCACGUGAUUCAUGGAAGUCCGAGAAGUUAACACGCCUCCAAAUGGAAUUUGUGAUCCCCUAAAGAUAGAUGAUAUUACAAGUUUCAGUGAUCCCCUAAAGAAAGGCCCAACAGGCUUUUGAACGAUUCCAGUGAAUGGGAGAGUGUUAUUGGCCUUGAGAUCCAUGCACAAAUUGCAUCAAAAUCCAAGCUGUUUUCUGCCUCCAAGGUACAGUUUAUGGCUCCGCCCAACUCCUUGGUUUCACAUUUUGAUGCUGCUCUGCCAGGGACACUUCCGGUCCUUAAUAAGCGCUGUGUGGAAGCUGGAGUGAUGACGGCAUUAGCUUUGUCUUGUAAUAUCAACAGGCGCUCACUGUUCGAUCGCAAGCAUUACUUCUAUGCAGAUUUACCGUCAGGGUACCAGAUCACCCAGCAGCGGGCUCCCAUAGCAACAGAUGGUCAGCUGACCUUCACAUUAUUUAACGAGCAGCAGAGACUUGAACCGACAAGGCACUGUGUCAGGAUCAAGCAGAUUCAGAUAGAGCAAGACUCUGGCAAGAGUCUCCAUGACGAUGUCAAUCAUGAGACACUGGUAGACCUUAACCGAGCAGGUGUUGGAUUGAUGGAAAUAGUGACUGAACCAGACCUGUCUAGCGCCCUGGAAGCAGCAGCAAUGGUCAGGGAAUUACAGCUCAUUCUGCAGUGUAUUGGAACCUGUGAUGGACGCAUGGAUCAGGGCUCCCUUCGUGUCGAUGCCAACGUCUCAGUGAAUCGGCCAGGCAACCCACCAGGUGUCAGGGCUGAGGUUAAGAACAUCAACAGCAUUCGCUUUGUCAAAAAUGCAAUAGAUUUUGAGAUAGCCAGACAGAUUGAGCUUCUUGAGAAUGGGCAGGAAGUGGCAGCAGAAACGCGCUCUUUUGACCUGAGACUGGGGGAGACAGUGUCUAUGCGUGACAAGGAAGGGAGGCUAGAUUACCGCUUCAUGCCAGAACCCAACCUACCACCACUUAUCCUGUACGACAACUCCACCAUCCACACUGCCUCUGAUGCGAGAAGUGUCGUGAAUAUUGAUGAGGUCAAAGGUCGCUUACCUGAAUUGCCUGAAGCCAAGAGAGAGCGGCUUGUGAAGGAUUAUGGGAUCAGACUUGAAAGUGCAGUGAAGCUUGUGAAUGAGGAUGGCUUGGUUGAUUUCUUUGAGGCCGUGAUCAGUCAGAAUUCUAACAGAGAUCCAAAGAAGAUAGUCAACUGGCUUGAGACAGGACUCUUGAAAAACUUGAAUGACUAUGAUCUCCCUGUAUCAAAGAGUCCAGUGGAUCCUAGUAAACUUGGUGAACUUUAUGAUCUCAUGACUGAUGGGACGAUCUCUGCAAACAUUGGCAAGAGACUCACAGCUGAAAUAUUUCAGGGCGACUCCAGACCAAUCACCCAGAUCAUACACGAGAAAGGCUGGGCUCAGAUAACAGAUAGACAGGAACUGAGUCAACUGUGUGAACAGGUCUUGGCAAAUAACCAGAAACUGGUGGAUUCCUACAUGGCAGGGAACACCAAGGUCAUCAAUCGUCUCAUGGGGGAAGUGAAGAAGAUGACACAAGGCAGAGCAGACCCCGCCACAACGAGACAAAUACUCAGUGACAAACUGACAAGGUAAUAACAGCUGAAGACACACUCAACUAUUGCAAGUCCUGUUGGGCGCAGCGAAUUUCUGGACCUGUUGUGAAGCAUUGAAAAUGUCUGUUGGAACGACUGGGAACUUGGCAAAACCUACUCUUGGCUGCCACUCUCAACCUGUGGCUGGUAGACUGGCUUCUGCACGUACAUGUGCUUUCAAUAUUAAUGUCUAUCCUACUUCAUUUAAACAAUCAGGCAUUAGCCAUUGCCUCACCCAUCAGCCUUCUUGCCGACCUGAGGAUAAUGGAAACCUGAAUGUAAUGUGGUUAACAAGUGCUAACGUACAUGUUAGAACCCUCCGAAAACAUUCAUUCUUGGAUUUGCCUGGUCGCAGAAGCUGACGACGUAGAAACGUAGCAAUGCAUUUGGAUAAUGUUUUCCUGAUGCUCGCAUAGACAGUUGGCUAAUGCAAUUGCAAUUAUGCUCGAUGAGGAGAGAGCGCCAUCACAAUCCCAUAAGCCACCGAGGAAUUUCAAGCAUGCCUCAUGUAAUUAAUCGCAUGAAAUAAGCAGAAUUUCUUGAGUAGGCCAAUUUCUUGAGUUAUGUUAAUUCAGGUUCUUGAUAAUGCCCUCUAUGAAGCUGGAUCAAGAGAAGGUGAAAGUUUCUCAGCAACAGAGCCACCUUUGGUCGGGACAGAACUUUACUGGUUCACAAACAACUAGGAAAUGCAUGCACGAUCGCAUCAUUACCAACAAAAUGAAUACUCUCAACCAAUGUGGCUCCUUUUAACCAAUGAGGGGGUGCUUCUGCUUGAGGCAGAUUGCUAAUACAGAUCAACUGCUAUGGUCAGGUUGUAACCCACAACCAGUCUGGGACCAAUACUACAUUGCAGUUGGAAUGACUGAAGCUUGACCAGUAGUCAGUGGUUUCUCACCAAUGUGCGUAUGUGUAGUACUGUCCCAUUCAAAUGAUCCUAAUUAAUGAACCAUUUCUUUGCCAGUUCCUUCACCUCUGGUUGCCACUCUCCCUGCAUUCAGUCUCUGCCAUCUGGUGUAGUUUCAUGUGAUCAAUUCUUCACUAUGUACGAUUAUGAAAAGGGCUACCUGCCUCAAGCAGAUGCACCCCCUCAUUGGUUGAAAAGGGCCGUGUUGGUCAGAAGUGUGUAUUUUGUUGGUAGUAAUGGGACUGUGAUGCAUGCAUUUUCCUGGUAGUUUGUGAACCAGCAAAGUUCAGUUCUGACCAAAGGAGCCUCCGUUGCUAAGAAAAUAGCGCCCUCUCUUGGUCCAGCUCGAGGUCCAUAGAGAACCAUGCGCUGGUUAUUAUUGUUCGACUAGAAAGUCCAGUCUUCUAUCAUGCAGAUAACUACACAUUUAGUUGACUGUAGUUGUCACUCCAACUUGCCCCAAGUACAUGUAGCUGUGACUUUGUGGCGCACC